AUGGUGGCAAAUUCUUACUGCCAUCCUAAGUAUAAGAGUGUAACCUUUUGGGAUCUUCCUGGAAUUGGAAGCCCUAAUUUUAAAGCCAGUGAAUAUUUAAAUGAAUUCAAUUUUCAGCAUUAUGACUUUUUCGUUAUAAUGGCAUCUGAAAGAUUCAAAGAGAAUCACAUUAUGCUGGCUGAGAGUAUCCACAGCUUGAAUAAAAAAUUCUACUUUGUGAGAUCAAAAGUUGACAGGGACGUAUAUGAGAGCCAAAGUCGUAGACCUAAACAUUUCAAUGAAAAAAACAUGUUGCUUUCCAUCAGGGAGAUUUGUGUUAAUUCUCUCAAGAGAGCAGUAAGUCUAGACCCUUAUGUCUUUCUUGUAUCGUCUUUCCAACCACAAGACUUUGAUUUCUCUCUUUUGCUGAAAACGUUUGAGGAGCAGCUUCCAAGUCACAAGCGUUACGUUUAUCUACGUGCCUUGCCUAACAUUUCCUCUGAGGCAAUUUGCAUGAAAGUGCAAGCUCUAACAACUGCAGUCCCUUGA